AUGGUUGGCAUCGAUCCUCUCCCGUCAGGUGAUGUCACCACGGCAUGGAACUUCAACGGGUCUGUCUACUGCGCCUAUAACGACACCGUCUACGAGAUCCUCUACGAGUUUGCCAGCCAUCUCGGUGUCACGGACGUCGUAGACCGUACUGGCGAGGUCUUCGUGGGACCCGCCGGGGCCGCCAACACCAGCCAGGUCCCGAUCACCAACGAUGGCUUGAACUGUCCUGGUUCCUCGCCCUUCGCCGAGGUGACCACCACGACGUCAACCACCACCACAACAACUCCGGAGCCUCUGCAAGUGUGCAACACCACGGAGUGGAACUGCUCGAACACCAGCAGCUUCUCCACACUGGCGUUGCAGGCGAUCAACGAGCAGCCGCUGGAUCUUCCCCCUCCCUCACCGAAGCCGUAA